AUGCCCGAUCCCAAGGACAAGUCUAAGGUGCACAAGCUUUCCAUCAAAGGAUCGGCAAAGCUUGUGUCUGAAUUCUUUGAAUAUUCAAUAAAUUCUAUCCUCUUCCAACGAGGAGUAUAUCCCCCCGAGGAUUUCACAACGAUCAAGAAAUAUGGCCUCAAUAUGCUCGUUUCCGCCGACGACCAGGUCAAAGCCUACAUCAAGAAGAUCAUGUCACAAUUGAAAGAAUGGAUGCAGGGUGGGAAGAUCUCAAGACUUGUGGUAGUCAUCACAAGCAAGGAGACUGGUGAACAUGUGGAGCGAUGGCAGUUUGAUGUCGAGAUAUUUGGCAAGAAGUCCAAGAGCAAGAGCUCCCAAAAAGCUGGGGACAAGGAAAACAGUACCCCGGGAGACGCGGAGUCCCAACCAGCUGAGCCUGUCGAGAAGACAGAAAAGCAAAUUCAAGAGGAGAUCCAGGCAAUCUUCCGCCAGAUCACUGCUUCGGUCACUUUCCUUCCCGUUCUAGAUGGCGAUUGCACCUUCAAUGUCCUUGUCUACGCCGACGCCGAUUCAGACGUCCCCGUUGAAUGGGGCGACAGUGACGCCAAGGAAAUCAAGAACGCCGAAAAGGUGCAAUUGAGGAGCUUUAGCACAAACAACCACCGAGUGGGAACUCUGGUCAGCUACAGACUGGCGGAUUGA